AUGAUUAUUAGAAGACAAAAAAAAUUAGCAUAUUAUGGAAGAUGGAAAAUGCUUGUGCAAAAAUCUUUUUAUACUUUAUAAAAAUAUAAGGGAUCACAAUAAAGUAAACGAUAUCUACAAAGAAUUAGAAAAGAUAAUCUAUUGAAAUUAGCAAUAUUUACUCUUAGAGAUACUAAAAAUUUGGUUUAGAAAUAUAAGGAUAUUGAGAAGAGUCUUUCUGAAAAGAAAUUGAAAUAACUCUUCUAUUAUUUAUAAAAUUAUACUUAAAGGCAAAAAUAUAAAAAAUACUCUAUUGAAUUUGCACAAUUAUUUAGAUGUAAAUUAUUAUAGAAAAAGUUAUUUUCAUAAUUAAAGUUAUAUCAUAAUUAUAGGAUUAAAAAAAGAGAUAUGAAUGAAAAAAUGAUGCAACUACAUCUAGUGAAAUUUUGCAAAAAUAUUUUGCAAAAAUGGAAGUUGUAUAAUUAGUAAACUCAUCAAAAAAAACUUAUCAUUUAAUAAAUAGAAUUCAGUAAUUAGUAUAGAAUAAAAAAACAAAUAUUCAAAAUUAUGUCUAAAAAACAAUGA